ACUUCAUAGACCAGGGAUGUCGAACUGUUUCCCCUCUAGCUAGUGAUUCUCGAUCGGCAGUUCUCCUUCUAUCGUUGCUCUGGAAUCUAGCCGAAAGUAAAUGUAAGUAAAUAGUAGUUGGCAACUAUUUACUCGGCGCAUCGUGCAGUUUCUACGGUGCUCUGUACGAACAGGUGAAAGUAGGUACAGUGUGUAGAGGGUAACUUCCCGCAAGGGGAAAGACCCUAGAAAACUGACGAGCUCUCAGUUCGACAGCCCUGCGUUAUACGGCGGUACGGGUUUAGUUGGAGUUACUCGCUUAUUCAGGUUCUCGCAAGUAUUCGCGCAGGGAUUUUAGGAAUGUUGCGAUAGGGAGGUUAUUGUACGACAGAUUGGUAGCAUUAACAGUCUGGCAAUGUGUGUAAUUGUAGUCAUGGCUGUCUGACAAAACAUUCGAAGUAAGAAGAAUUAAUGUAGUGGUUGAUUAUCGGAACUAUUAUGUCGUGUUUGUUAGAAAUUGUAACGUUGUCCUGAUUCGAAUCACGGGUACCUUCUCGAUACCGGAUCGAGCGUGAGAUUCCAUCAAAUUCUUUGUGUUUGAGAAAGACUCGGUAGGUAUCGUUCGGAAUAAUAAUAAAUAAGUGGAUAAGGAUUGCGUUCGGAAAGGAAGUACGGAGUCCAAGGUGCGACGAGUGCGGUUUCGCGAAGCGUUCUUCUCAAAUCUUCUCGAACAAGCGUCGUGCCUAACAACUAUCAACGACGAUCGAUUACGCAAGAUGACCAUUCUGUCGAAGAAGAAGACGAACGCCUCGAAAGAUAGACGAGAAGGAGGCAGCACUUCCGAAGUCGAUGUUCACGGAGUGCAAAAUGAGCAUGGCACUGGAUCCAUUGCACUACCCAAUAGCCCAUAUCAGGUACGUGCAGCGAACGGUUUCGCGGUCGAUCUUCACGGGGUUCAGACCGAUCACGGAUCUGGUUCUAUAGUCCUUACAGGUAGUUCUUACGAGACAAGCGUCGACCGACGAGAAGAUAAACAUUUCGAAGAAACAGGUGGGCCGAGUCAUGGGAAACGUCACAGGCAAAGGGCAAGCCCGCACAGCGGUUGCAUCGGACGAAAUUCGCGUUCUAAGCGCGAAAGAGAAAGGGAUAGGGGUAGAGAGAGAGACAGAGAAAGAGAAAGGGAACGCGAAAGACAAGCUACCCCGCCGACUGCUUCUUGUAGCGGUUCGCAAGCUACAGAUGCCAGUGUAAUAACCAACAAUAGGAUGGGUAUUGUUGGAGCAGCUGCUAAUUUAGAGCAUGAAUUAGCGAACGGAUACAAUAGCGGGGAUGAAUAUACUGGUAGAACCGGGAAUAAUCUUACUUUAGCCGAGUGGCAAGAGCGGGAUAGGUGGUUUGAAAAGCGAAUGCGGAAAAUGGGCUUUAUCGUUAAAAAAAUGGGCGAAGAUGGAGCAUGUUUGUUCAGAGCAGUUGCGGAUCAAGUAUACGGUGAUCAGGAAAUGCAUGGAGUGGUGCGGAAACAUUGUAUGGAUUAUAUCGCUUCGAAUCAAGAGUUUUUUUCGCAUUUUGUAGCGGAAGAUUUUAGCACAUACGUAGAUAGAAAACGACAAGAAUACGUUCACGGAAACCACAUAGAAAUGCAAGCAAUGUCUGAAAUGUAUAACCGUAGCAUACAGUUGUACUGCUACAGCACGGAACCAAUCAAUAUCUUCCAUACGAUGGUGGAAAGCGAUAAUGAGCCCAUACGAUUGUCCUAUCAACGCGGUAGUCAUUACAAUAGUAUAGUAGAUCCGUAUAAAGCUACCGUCGGUGUCGGGCUUGGUCUACCGUCGUAUAAUCCUGGUGCAGCGGACCGGCAGCUUAUAUCCGAUGCAGUACGUCAAAGCGAAGAAUUACACAUUGAACAGACGAUGCUCGAAGAUAAAAUAAAAGCAACGGACUGGGAAGCAACGAACGAGGCCAUAGAGGAACAAGUUGCGAGAGAAAGUUAUUUGCAAUGGUUGAGAGACAACGAAAUGCGCAAAGCGCGAUCAGCCAGUAGUAGCAGUACAAGUACGGUGACAAGCGCGCAACACAGUCAUACGCAUUUCCAUAAUCAUGGAAGUCGUGGCCAACAACGUAGCCACACUUCUUCCCCAACCACGACCCAAACUAGCCAAGACACUUUACGUAAUUCUCCGAAGGUGAACGAUACAGUGAGGUACGGGAAGAGGUCGCCUCAGCAUCAGUCGACGCAAGGGUCCGCGAUAUCUCAUCUCACCUCUGACUUUGAGCCGAAGAUGUCUCAAGAACCCGUGGCAGGCAGCAGUAAGGAAGCUCACGCCUCGCCGGAUAUCUCGUUGUUCAAUCGUCUUCCUCCCGAGGUGUUUGGUUUAACCGAUUGGGAGGACAGUCAUGUGCUUUCACAAGUUUUGGCUACGUCGCAACAGGAAUAUCUGGACAGCUUGAAACAAUCUCGAAGUUCUACAUCCUCCGGAAACGAUACUAAUAAUUUAUUAGAUUCUAGUAACAGUUAAUUCUUAAAGCCGUUAUCGAUAAAGUUUAAAUGAAUACCGAAGCAAAAUAUGUGCAUUUGUAUGCAGCGUUUUUCAUAGGAUGUGGUAUAUCCGAAAAGUCAGGUAGUUCUAAAUAAAAAAUGAAGCAAUUCAUAGAGUCACGCUAGACGAUUAAUUGCUAAAAAUCAUUAAUAAUUGCGC